AUGGGAUCUGUUGAAAAUUAUCCUGGCGAGAACUCGAACAUACCGAAGCGAUUACUAGAGGCACUUCGUAUUCAGCCGCUCACCUUCCUCAUACCUAAGGAUGGACUAUCUGAGUUGGUAACUGAUUCUUUGGAACUUAACUAUGUUGCUGAGCGACCUCAGUUAGACAAUCUGCACAAAUGUGAACUAGGAGAAGCUAUAUCAGAUAAACCGGAUAAACAGAUUAGGAUCAAAGAACCAGUUAAUGAGUCAUUGUUUUUCGCGAACGAAGAAAACAAGUUUAACUUGCUAAGUACACUAAGUGAUAAAGCAAAGGUAUUUUUGGAGCAAACUGGCACCCCACCCAUUGCCAAACAAGUAGAAGGACCGUUUAAAAAUAGUCGCAAACAUUCAUUUGAGGAAUCAUUUAACGAUCCGUCGGAGUUGGAUUUAUCAUAUAGUUCUGAUAUCAAAAGGGCUAGAAUUAGUACUAGUGUGAGUCAAAACUUAACCAAUAUAGGCGAUGAUUAUGUGAACGAAUUUAAUAAGCUUGUUAACGCUACUGCUUUUGAGAAUGAUAUCCAAAAUGAGAAGAAAAAUCUCAACUCAGAAGUUUGGAAGCUACUUCCUUCUGGCGACGCUGUAACGACAAUAAACUUGAUACAAAAAAUUCAUAGAUGCUUACAAAAUAUAAUAGAGUUACCCAAUUGUUGGCCAAAUAUUCCUGCUGAUAGUUUAGAGCAAUUACUCGAUAUCACAUCUAAUAAUAUUAUUGCAAUGAAAAAUGUUUCGAUACGAAAUCAAGAAUAUGACAAUAUCCUUGACAUUGGAUUAAUUUCUACAAAAGUUAUCUUUUUGGUUUACAUUAUGAACUCAGAUAGCAAAGAUUUGUUAAUUGAUAGACAUGUUCUAUCGCCAAUCAACUUUAUAAACGAGCUAGUAUUAGAUCUAAAAUCUGUUGACGACGAUAUACCUUUGACUUUAUUGUCCAUGCUUUAUGAAGCAAUUUCACCGUUACCUGAUUUCCUUUCUCUGAAGUCAUUUAUAGAUGAAGAGAUUAUUACAAAAUUUGUUUAUGUUUUUGUUGAUAUAAUAUUUUUACCAUUUGAAAAUGUUCACUCGGACCUCAAGAAAGUAAAACUAUUAAAUGAAAUAAAAAUAAUUGGCAGAUCAUCUUUACAAAAUAUGUUUAUCACAUUCCCUGCUCAACGAGAUUUUAUUAUAGGAGAAGUAUUGGCAAAGAUAGAAGAACUUCCAAAUAAACGCACAACAAAAAAAUCAUCAAGUAACUCUAAUGAUGACUCUAUAUCUGACUUUACAAUGACAUUAGUUCAAUUCCUUUCGAGCAUUAAUAUCUUUGACCACUGUAAAACCAUUGAUACUUGGACUCCUGAAAAGACAGAUACCGCCAUUCGUAUGCAUCAGGAAUCUUCCAACAGCAUAAUGAGAUACUGUGACAUGAUCGCUAAUACCCUAUUCGAUAAAUGCAAAGAUAGUAAUCCUCAAAAUAAACAUUUACUGGAGAUUUAUGUUUCAGAUCUCUCAAAAAUGUACGCACAUCCAACUUGGCCAGUUACUGAAUUCUUACUGCAAUCAAUAACCAAAAGACUUCUUAUGGUUUUUAGAAGUAAUAAGUCUACAAAUAUUAAUCUAGAAACGACUGCACUUCAAAACUUAGGUAUUAUUUUUGGUAAAGUAUUUGAGAUUAAGAUAGAACUUGAUAAGAGCAAUGAAAAUGAAAAUAGUGUGCUUAAAUUAAUAGAGAACAAGUCGGAUCUCAUUAAGUACUUUAAUUUCUUUGACCAGUUACUAAGAAGCAGUUCAUCGAAUGAAGAGAGCAUACGCUAUUGGUCACUUAAUAUCGAUUUUCUCCACUCAUGCUACACAUCUGAUAUAAAGUCAAAUGAUAUCAAAAAAUUGAUAUAUGAAAAAAUUACAGAAUUAUUUUUGCAAACAAGGAACUCGUCUGAUUGGAGACUUAAAGCAGCUGUACCUGAGAAAAAUACUUACAACAGUAUAUUGAGCAUAGGCGGCUUAUAUAGACUCUAUGAUUCAUAUCUCAGAAUCUUACUCAAUUUAAUAUCUAGUGAGAAAAUCAAACUACGCUCGACAUCUAUCAAAAACCUGUCAAUGCUGGCAUUGAAAGACCAAUCUAUACUUACUAAUGUCCUUGUAAAACAAACCAUUCAACGUAGAUUGAGUGACUCUUCUACUUCAGUCAAGGAUGCGAUAUUAGAAUUGGUUAGUGUUGGUUCAUCGUAUAUUAACUAUUAUGAAGAAAUCAAUGCAAACUUCAAUGAUGACAGCCCAACCAUAAGAAAGCACGUACUAAACUUGAACGAAAAAAUCUACAAUAGUACAAAUGAUAUAAACCUAAAGGUCUAUGUAGCCUCAAGAAUCGUUUUUAAGCUAGAAGAUGAAGAAGAAAGUAUAGUUGACAAGGCUACAGAUAUCUUAUUCCAGAAAUGGAUCAAUUUAGAGGAGGAAAUGAUUCAAGAUCAAGAUAAUGUAAUGAUAGUCAGGAAACAAAACCUGGAAAUCAUAUCCACAAUUUUUUCAUCUGAAGAAAAACUAAAUGAGCUAAUCAGCAAAUUCUUCAAGUCAUACCUAUUGAAUAAAACAAUUCAUAAUAGUGCUGAAAAUGCCCGCAUCAUUAACUCAAUUACUCAUAUUAUUGAUACUUUAAUUAACGAGGUUGUUCUUUUGAUUGGAAAAUCUUCUGACCACGAAGCCAAAGCUCUUCAAAAUUAUUUGAACCUUUUAGUAGAAUUUUCUGAAUUUGACGUUAUUACAGUUAGAAAAGAGCAUUUGUUGACCUUGUUCCCAUACUUAUUCAGUGAACAAUCAAAUGAAUUGCAACUAUUUCUACUAUUCAUCUUCAGGAACUCUAUUGGUAGAUUAACAAAUUUCAAAUCAAGCUUCCUGAGAGAUUUAGAAUUUUCGAUAAUCGAAAAUAUCUCUAAGAUUGGUAGCCAGGAGCUUGAAACCAGUAUUCAAAUUCUUUGGGAAGUAGGUAAUCAAACAAAAGAUUACAGUAAGCUACAAAAAAUGUGUUAUUCGUGCUUGACACAAAUCAGACAAUAUGUCGUAAUUGCCAACUCGAACCCUGAAGAACUGCGACCUGAUGGUAAAGUACAACGAUUAAUUUAUAUUUCUUCAAGCUUUGCAAAACUGGCAAACCACAAUAAUGACCAGAAUGCCACCAUGUUCCGUUAUCAAGAUGAAAAGAUUUUUGAGUUUGUCGCCAAGUGUCUUCUUGUUUUUUCCAAAAUAGAAAUUAACCCCAUUAUUCGACGUAUUGCAAUUAGAAACUUAAUUGGGAUAAGUGGAAAGCAUAUCCAGCUAUUUAACUCACCGCUUGUUAUAAAAAUAUUUGACUAUGAAUUACGUGAAAAUAGAGAGGAAAUAAAAUUAGUUAUUUACCAAGGCCUGCACGAGUUUUUCUUGGAUAAUGAGAAGAUAUCCCUUCAAGAACACUUACUAAACACAAGUUCAAAAAAGAUUGAAACUGUCAAGUCAAUAAAUAAGGAUACAACUAAGAAGAAAAGAUCUGCUGCUGAUGGCCUUUGCUUUUCACUUGUUUCAAAGUUCUUGGCAUACAUAUUGAAUGACUGCCUAUCAUCAAACUAUAAAUUAGCUUUAAGUUGCACCAGAUUGGUUAAUAUAAUUAUCAAGUAUGGAUUUGUUAAUCCCACUUCUUGUCUUCCUGUAGUUAUUGGGUUACUACUUGCAGAUAACGAAAAAAUAAAAACCUUGUCUAAAAAGACUUUGGAUAUAGUCACUGAGAACCAUGAAAGCUUGAUAUACCCAAGUUUAACAAAAGGAAUUGAGGCUGCAAUGAUGUAUGCCGAAAGGACUUAUUCAGAGAAUUUUGUUGAACAGUAUCUAUUUCUGUAUGAUCUGCAACAGAAUUUUAUACCUGGAAAAAAAUCUAAUAUUAAAUUUCUUCAACAUAUGGCCAAAAUUUUAACCAAUUACACUAGAAUCGUAACCACUAAAGGUUGCACUAUCAAGGAACUUAACCAAAUAGGAUUUUUUUGCAUUAACAUGGCACAAAUUAAUUUUCAAAACCAUUAUGAACUUUACAUUCUCAUGCGGGAGCUAGAUGCUAUAAGCGAAAAUUUGAAAGAUUUUAUUCUAAACCAAAUACAAUACAAACAAUCACCUAAGUUCAAAGAAAGUCACAUAACCAAUCUGAUAAUAAUUCAAACUCUUAUACAAGAAUUAGUAUCGCAUAUUCUAAACAAGUACGGAAUAAAAUCAGAUAUACUAUAUUAUGAUGGUAAUUUUGAGCAGGAACUCAAAAGUAAGGCAUUACCAUUUUUAAAGAAGCCUAAUACUAGCUUUUUAGAGAAAUUCGAAGAAACUAAGAGAUUUUGGGAAGGAAAGCCGAUUUUCAGAUAUUUAUAUUCAUUGGAUAAUAGAGAUGACUGA